UCUUUCUGUCUUUAUAAACUGAGGGAGAUUAAACCAAUUGCACCCUUUAGCCAUGUGACCUACAUGGUUUCCGGUUUUAGAAACAGUUAAACAGUUACAAGUUGAUGGCAGUUGGAGAUAAGAAGAAGACGUCCAUGAUUCUGUAGGACAACGCAGUAAUCAUGCAAGGACUUCCAGCUUCCGAUACCUCCUCUGAAAAACCAAAUCCUACCCACCAAAAUAUAGGGGCUGUUCAAAUGAGGAUCAAAAGUGCUAACAGCCACCAUGACAGGCAUAGCCAAAGUAAAUCAAUGAUCUUUUCUGAGAAUGUGAAGGUCAAAGAACCUAUAUCUCGUCAUAGAAGGAAUCAUUCCCAACAUAACUUAUUACUCACAGACAUCAUUAGCCCAAAGGAACAAACGGUAGUGGAAAAAGAAGGAUAUCUUCUAAAAGCUAAAAUUGCAGAUGGAGGCAAGAAGUUAAGGAAAAACUGGUCUACUUCUUGGAUUGUUCUUGCUGGUGGGAAAAUAGAAUUCUACAAAGAAUCCAAACAGCCAGCAUUGGCCAAUCUGAAAGCAGGAUAUAAACCAGAAUGGGUGGAUUUGUGUGGUGCUCACAUUGAAUGGACUACAGAGAAAUCUAGUAGAAAGAAUGUCUUUCAGAUCACAACAAUAUCAGGAAAUGAAUUCCUCCUUCAGUCUGAUAUUGACUUCAUCAUAUUGGAUUGGUUCCACGCUAUCAAAAAUGCAAUUGACAGAUUGCCAAAAGAACAGAGUUGUAAACCAAGAAAUCUGGAGUUCAAACUUCAAAAAUCCUCUAGCAGUGAAUUACUGAGCAGCUUAAGUACAGAGUCCAAAGAACCAAAGUCUGAACACAGAAGAUCUCUAAUUUUCAGACUGAACUACAGUGCCUCUGAUACAAAUGACAGAAAUCGAGUCAAAAGCAGAUUAAAGAAGUUUAUCAACCGAAGACCCUCACUGAAAACAUUGCAAGAAAAGGGACUUAUUAAAGAUCAAGUUUUUGGCUCCCAUUUGCACUUAGUGUGUGAGCACGAAAAUUCCACAGUCCCCCUAUUUGUAAAACGGUGUAUAGAAGCUGUUGAAAAAAGAGGUCUGGAUGUCGAUGGAAUCUACAGAGUUAGCGGCAAUCUGGCAACAAUACAGAAGUUAAGAUUUGUUGUCAAUCAGGAAGAGAAGCUGAAUUUGGACGACAGCCAGUGGGAGGACAUCCACGUUGUCACCGGAGCACUCAAGAUGUUUUUCAGAGAGCUGCCUGAGCCACUGUUCCCAUACUGCUUCUUUGAACAGUUUUUGGAGGCAAUAAAAAAUCCAGACAGCAGCACUCGAGUUAAGUCCAUAAGGUAUCUUUUACAGAAGCUCCCUAGACCAAACCGUGACACAAUGAAAAUCCUCUUUGAACAUCUAAAAAAGAUAGCAGCCAAGGAAUCCGUGAAUCUUAUGUCAACACAAAGCUUAGGAAUUGUGUUUGGACCAACACUCCUUAGACCUGAAAAGGAGUCAGGGAACAUGGCAGUACACAUGCUGUACCAAAACCAGAUAGUUGAACUUAUGUUAAGUGAGUACAAUAAGAUCUUCAGCUCUGAGGAAGACUGACAGACAGGGCCUGUUAUUGAAAAUGUUCACAUCUGUCUUGAUGUCUAAUAUUUUUACAUUUCUGUAAACAUAUUUCUGAAAUAUUUCUUUUUCUUUCAAGUGACAGAUGCCUCAUUUUGUGAAAACUUAAUGAUGAUUUUGUGUUUAAUUUUCAAACAUUGGAAUAAAAAAUAGUGUCAACAUUUGCUAUAUGUAUUCUACAUUAACCCUUUGAGAGUUUCAUUCUGCUAAAACUCCAGGGCUCAUUUUUCAUCCCAUUAUUUUCAAGCUGGGUAUAUAGAAUGUGGUCAAAAAAACACAGGAAGUGCUGCUUACCAGCAUAUACAAUGGUACAACAAGAUAAACAGCAAUACAGAUUAAUGGUUUAAAAAUAUAUUAAAAGCAAUUAAAUUAAAACAGACAUGUUUCAUCAUUCAUAACCGAUUUUGGUGUAAAUAUAACAUACCUUUUCCCUUUGAUGUACAGUGAGAGUUAUGGAGACAUGUUGAAUGGUAAUUUUUUCCCUAGCAAAAGUGACAGUUCAAAACAGUUUCCAAUGAAUAUGUUUAAAGAGAGAGAAAGAGAGCAAGCUGCCCUUAUUGCAGUAUUAUAAACAUUCUGCCUAAAAAAUUAGACACAAAAUUAAAGCCUAGACGUUUUAUCCUUAAAUGCUGUACAUGAAAUUUAGAAAUUGCAUGACUGCUCAUUUUUAAUGUAACAUCCAUUUUGAUUCUUCAUCACAUUGUACAUCUUCACUCUUUCCCUAGCUAUGUCAUGUUAUGUAGAAUUUUUAUUAUGCUCCUGAGGAUGCUUUAUUGGUGAACUACAUUAAAUUCAUCUAGAAAGAACUUUAAAAAAAGCCUUUUUAUAUGCCCUUAGGAUUACUUGGCUAGACUUGAAUCAAUUUAUGCAUUUGAUGGUUAGUUUCAGUUGUCAUGGAUAAACAAAAGGGUAACUGUCUCAAAUAUAUCAAAUAUUGUUUUAUUUUGAAAUGUAUGUUUCCAGCUAUAAACAUCUUCUACCCUGUUUUGUAAAAGUAUUCUGCUGAUAAAAUGUACACUUAUGUUUGACAGCUUUUUAAUCAAGUUCAAAGAGAAUAAAUAAAACUAAUCCAGUGUGGUAAA